AUGCCCGUUGAGGUGCAGCGGAAGCUAACUGUCCUGGGGUACCCUGGCGUGGGCAAGUCGUCCCUUACCACGUGUUUCGUCGAGAAUCGGUUCGUGGAGAAUUACGACCCGACCAUUGAAAACACGUUCCACAAGACCAUCCGCGUGCGCAACGCCCACUUUGUCACGGACAUUGUGGACACGGCAGGCAUGGACGAGUAUGCCAACUUUUCACAGGCGGCGUCUGUUGGCGUCCACGGCUACGUACUCGUGUACUCGAUUGGCUUGCGCACGUCGUUUGAGAAGCUCAAGCUGAUCAACGAGAAACUGGUGAAUAUGCUGGGGUCAAAGCCGCCACGCGUGCUUGUAGGUAGCAUGUCGGAUCUAGAAAAGGCCAGAGAGGUGACAGUAGAAGAAGGACAGCUGUUGGCGAGCAAUUGGGAGUGUCCGUUUGUCGAGUGCUCGGCCAAAGACAACGAGAAUAUUAACGAGGUGUUUACGUAUCUAAUCAAGGAGAUUGAGCGCGAUUCUGGGUUGCUGGAGGAGACCGAUGAAUCGCAGUGCGCGAUUUUGUAG